GGCAUGCAGGGGCGGUGCUGGGCAGGGCAGGGCAGGGCAGGGGGCCCCUCUCCCGAGUCGCCUGAGGCUCCCAGGAGCCCCUCUUGCCACAGAUGGAGCAGGGCCUUGUCUUGAAGAGAAGGGUCUCGGAAGACGUCCUGUUGACGGCCGCUUCGUCCAAGGGGACGUCCACCUCGUGGGCACGAGGCGACUGUGAUCAUGACCUUUCACAAGCGGCUUUUUGUCCUCUUGGCAAUAUUCUUCUUGCCCGUGGCAGCUUCCGCUCCCCGUGGGUGGGGAGUGAGCUAGGGCUCAGUCCUGAGUCCUCGCGCCUGGGAACAGGUGCCCUCAGCCGAGCUUGUCUGAGCCCGUGUAGCCUGUUUCUCCCCACUCGCCUCGCCCCCUUCCUGAAGAGCCUCACCAGGGCGCGACGUGAACGGGACGGGACACAGCUUAUGAAGGGCCUCUCGAGCCGUCCUCUCCCCUGUGGUCUGCCCGGCCAGCGUGAUCCUGGUCUCCGUCAAGGGGGGCUACGUCUAGGGUUCUCUGCCCCCCAGCCCCACACGUCACCCCUCAGGCCACAGGUAUCACAUUUCCACUGGCUUCCUGCCACCCGCUCCCAGGAACCUGCCAGGGGAAAGCCAGUAACUGAGGGCGGAGCAGCCAGGGUGCCCCCAGCCCUGGGGCUCGAGGUUGACUCCUCCAUGGAGGAAGCACAGACAGUCACAGAAUGA